AUGUUGCGUGCCUUCAAACGAGAUGCACAGAUUCACUCUAUGGUUCAUUACGUAUCGCAAUCUAAAGGUACAUCAGAUGGUGAUAUAUCUGCUCACAUUGCACAGCAUCUCCUGCACGAAAAUCGUGAGGCCCGUGGAACGGUUGAGUCCAUUGCGCAGGAAUUGGCAUAUGUCGCAGAUGAUGUGCUAUCUCUCUUGCCAAUAUCGCUUGACCCUCCUUCAAAUCAAGGUGUCAAGCUGUCAGACUGCACUAGAGCUUCCCUCUAUAAGCUCUAUAACCAUGAUCACAAGCAAGUCUACUAUCCGACAGAGGCAAAUGUGCCUCGCAGCGCACACUUUCUGCAACAGUAUGGUCAGGUGCAUGACUAUGCACUGGUUGAUGGUCGACGAAUUAUGCCUGUGACACACUCUAGCAAAUUGUCUGCUGCGUCUGCCAUCGUCAAAGUAGACCUCAAUGGGAAUAUCCUGGCUGGUGAAGUGAUGUCUGUCUUCGAGCACUUUCAAGGUGGCGUUACUGGCGAUAUGGUCUUCGCUGAGAUGCAAUGGAUGAAGCAACUUGAUCGGGUUCCCAUUUCGGAUGACAUCUGGAGUGAUUAG